GGCAGACGGACAGGCUUUUUUUCUUGGAUGGAUGAAGAGAACAGAGAGAAGGGAGGAGAAAUUAGUAGCUCUCCUCCUCAGUCACUGAAGGCUGUGAUUACCGGAGACCUCCUGCAUCAUCAGCGGGGACUUCUUGAUGGGGAGCGGAGAGAUGAGCUGAGGAGCUCUUAUUGAUCCGCUGCAUCAGGCUUGAAUCCACUUAAAGACCCCAUGGAGCAGGAUGUGGAGAGCCCAGCCGCCGCCAGGAAGCCCAAGCUGCCAAAGCAGGCCAGAGAGGACCUGCCUAAGCAGCUGGCAGAAAUGGACAGAGCAAAAAAGAUCCAGCGGUAUGUCCAGAAAGACGGGAAGUGCAACGUCCAUCAUGGGAACGUCCGAGAGACCUACCGUUAUCUGACAGACAUUUUCACCACUCUAGUGGAUCUCAAAUGGCGGUUUAACCUCUUCAUCUUUGUGCUGGUGUACACAGUGACAUGGCUUUUCUUCGGCCUAAUGUGGUGGCUUAUUGCCUAUCUCCGGGGUGACCUUGACCAUAUAGCUGAUAAUCAGUGGACUCCAUGCGUCAAUAACCUCAACGGCUUCGUUUCAGCCUUUCUGUUUUCCAUUGAGACAGAGACCACGAUUGGUUAUGGAUACAGAGUUAUCACGGACAAAUGCCCCGAGGGAAUAGUUUUGCUUUUAGUCCAGUCAGUGCUGGGAUCUAUCGUCAAUGCCUUCAUGGUGGGCUGCAUGUUUGUAAAGAUCUCGCAGCCCAAAAAACGAGCUGAGACACUAGUGUUUUCCACCAAUGCGGUCAUCUCAAUGAGAGAUGGACGGCUGUGCCUGAUGUUCAGAGUUGGAGACCUCCGAAACUCGCACAUCGUUGAGGCUUCAAUCAGAGCCAAGCUUAUCAAGUCUAAGCAGACCAAGGAGGGGGAGUUUAUUCCUCUCAACCAGACGGACAUAAAUGUUGGUUACAACACAGGAGAUGACAGGCUCUUCCUAGUGUCGCCGCUCAUCAUCUGCCACGAGAUAAACCAGCACAGCCCCUUCUGGGAGAUCUCCCAGGCUCAUCUGGCCAAGGAGGAGCUGGAAAUUGUUGUGAUUCUGGAGGGAAUGGUGGAGGCCACAGGGAUGACCUGCCAGGCCAGGAGCUCCUAUGUCAGCAGUGAGAUCAAAUGGGGCUACCGCUUCAUGCCAGUCCUGACCCUGGAGGACGGCUUCUACGAGGUGGACUAUAACAGCUUCCACGAGAUCUACGAAACCAACACGCCCACCUGCAGUGCCAAAGAGCUCUCCGACAUGGCCAACCGUGCCCGACUGCCCCUCACCUGGUCGCUGGCCAGCAAGCUGAGCCAACAGGGGCUGCCUGAGUCCCAGCAGGAGGGCCAGGAGACCAAGACUGCCCCAGAGAACGAGGAGAACAGUCAGACUGCCGAAAGGAACGGGGAUAUUACCAAUCUGGAGAGCGAGUCUAAAGUGUAAUGAGAAAUGGACAGUGAGGAGAGCAAGUUUGUGAUGAGAUUCAUGGAUUUCACUGCAAACUGUCUGCUGGGGAUGGUCCCACCAUGAGGACCAAAUAGCACAGUAGACCAUGUAAUCCUUCACUUAGACCUGCUACCUUUCAGUGAAAACAGAACAUGUAGACAUGAGGCCCACAGCUGGACUGAGAAUCCUCUGCAACAAGUGCAUGUUUCAAUUAUAAUGUGAUGUCCUCCCGACAAGAUUCCUGUUAUUUUUUCUAUUCAGAUAUUCCUAGGGGGCAUUUGCAUAAGUAUUUUUGUACAUAAUUACGAGCAGUUUUUGAAUUCUUUGUUCUGUUGCUGUGUGAAAAUCUAAAUGAUGUUUGAUACUACUACCUUUAGGUUAGUUCUGUAUAUACUCUAUGCCUUACCGUAUGUAUAAAGCUUUCAAUAACUGUUUUUUUUUCAGAAAUAUAUCUAAGCAUGUAUAAACAGUUAAUUUAUCUUGUUAUCUGCACAUACUGUACCACAGUAAUCUAAGAAAAACAUACAUUUCAAAUGGAUGCAAGCUCUAGUUGAAACCAAUGAGUCGUUUUUGUUCCCCGGAUGAGAAAUGUGUUUAUGAUCAAACCACACCAAGCCAUGAGUUUGCUGUUUACAGCUGUAGACUUUGGACAACGGCCCUUUAAAACUGCAUUUUUGUCACUUUUUUGCACACUGGAGACUUCUUGUCGGGUGGAGGAUGUUAGAUGAUUUCCUUCAGAAAUCCCUCACGUCACCUAAAAUUAUAGACAAUAAAUAAACAGUGAGUUGGUUAUUAUG